UUAUAAAUUUCUGCUGGAAGCUUGAGAGGAGGCUGGUGUGCAGGACUGUGGACUUGGCACGAGCAAAUGGAAAGCGGCGGGCUCCAACAAGGCCGAGGCUUCAUUUCCCCAUCUGGGCCUUAAGUGCAAGGCGCGCUCUGGCUCGCAGGUGACGGGCCCUGACUCAGCAGGUCUUCGGCCACGGUGCUGCUGCCUGCUAAGAAGAAAUGCCCGAGGAGGGCCCCUGGGUGGACCCCUUCUCUCUCCAGAUCCCCUGUCCUCACCUCAGAGGCUCCCAUUCCCGACCUCCACCACCACCCCGGCUCCCUUGGCUCUCCCCGAGACGCGCCACAGGGGCCUCACCUGCAAACGUCCGAGCUCAUCACAGCCAGACCCACUGUCCUCACGCCUCCUGCCCAGGUGCCCAAGCGGGACCAUGUGAAGCCUCAGGCUCCACUGCACCUUCUCUCUCCUCCAAUAUCCAGUUGGUCAUCAGACCUGAUGGUCAUCAGCUCCCGACCAGAGCCUCAGCCCGCCUCAGAUGGACGCCAGCCUCCCCGCUGCCGGGUGGAAGCGGGGCCUCUGCUUGCCGCUCCGCAUCACUGUCCUCGGCCGUGACCGCCUUGGUCCACACGCCACCUGGAGUUCCUUUCCUGAGGGUGUCCGGGCGUCCUGUCACCCCUCCGUCAGCCACGUCUGCCUGGAGUCCAAAGACAGGAUCCAGACCUCCGGGCUGCUCCCUGUGGCCAAGUGCACGACGUCCCGGGGUCGCCCUGCCUCCGCCCAUCUCGGGUUCAUGCCCAAAGACAGCUGCUCGCUCGAGCCGGGAAGCCCGGCUGGUCUCGGGAGGCAGCUCAACGCCGGCGUCCUUCGGAGACUUUCGGAGCGUCGUGGAAGAAGUGAAGGAACGAAUGCAUGAAUUCUCCCGAAGGGGGACAAGUGGCCCCUGUUCUGGUACCCGCCAGCGUCACGGUGCAGUCACAGCGCGCGGGGGAGAGGAGGCACGUGGACACCAUCCGGGCCUCGCCACUGACAACGGGGAAACUGAGGCAGCGGUCGGCACUGUGGGGCACAGCCCUCCUGCGCGCCUCAGGGAGAGGGACGUGGCGGGCGUCCGGACCCCGCGAGUCCGCGUGAGAAGAGCCCGAGGGUCCAGACGUCCCGUCUCGCUCGCCGUCAAGGUAAAGCACACGAGAGAGAGGCCGACCCAAGCUCCCGCUCCUGCUUCCCGGCGGCGACCCCGGAGCCCAGUGCGCGUGCGGCUCCCGGACGCCACGGACCGAGGUGGGAGGCGCUCCGCGCGGGCCGGCUGCGGCGGAGAGGCCGCGAGCUCGGCUUUCCUUCAGCGAGCGCUGCGCGGUGUCCGGCUGGGCCCUCCACUCUGGGCGGAGCGGAACACAGCCCGCGAGGUUCCUCGUGGCUCCCCGCAGGAGGCAGCCCCGCACCUCCGCGGGCGGCCCUCCGCUGCCGGGCGCUGUGUGGAGGGCGCGCAAAGUGCCCGUCCGCCGGCUCCUGGGAAAUACUCCUUCCGCGUGGAGCUUGUCCCCGAUCCCCAGAACGGCUCCAUGUCUGCCCCCUUGCACGCUGGGCCCCUCCGUCACGCCAGUCCUCGUGCUCGGAGUGACUGGCUCGCCGGUGGCCGUGCGGGCUGGAGCGGCUGGAGCGCGUGUAAGCCCCGGGGCCGGGAGCUCGCCUUGCCCGUGGCGCCUGCUGCCGGCGUGUGGUGGCGGUGCGCGCUGAGCCCGCGGGCUGGAUGA